AUGUCAAUAAUAAAAAAUGGUAACUAAACUAUACUUGAAGUUGAAGACGAGCUCCUCGUAAGCCCUGAAAAGACAAAAAAAGUAUAUAAUAAAAACUUUGCUAUGACAGCUUAAUUUAAUGAUAAUUAUAGCAGCUUUUCUUUCAUAGAUUAAGUAGAUGAAGCUGACUAAUAAAACCCUAAUUAAAAUGCCUUCGCAGACGAAUAAAGUGAUCAAGAAGGUGAAGAUUCUGGUUUUUUCAUGAGAGGAAAAAGUUCCACUAUAAGCAAGUGUUCUGAUAUAGAGACAAUAUAAUCAGUUAGAUCAAUUACAUCUAAGCGCCCUAGCUUCUUCCUUCAAUAAAGAAUUCAACUCUAAAUCCCUAGUUUCAAGAAAUUAGAAUGUGCUGCUAGUAAAGAAGAAAUUUAAUUUACAUCAAAAUACGUAGUUGGAAAGAAAUUAGGUGAGGGAGCAAAUGCAGUUGUAAAGGCAUGCUACUAAAAAGAUGAGAGUGGAGAACCAGAAAAGUGUUAAUCAAAAUUGUAUGCUGUUAAAAUAUUUAAGACUAACUCAAUAGAACAAAUUUUAGAAAUUUAAAGGGAAUGCUAAAUUAUGCAACAAAUCAAUCAUCCUAGUAUAAUAAAAUUCAAAGAGUUAAUUAUAGAGAAAUCUACAAAUAAGGCUUAUCUUGUGCAAGAAUUUGCUUAAGGUAAGAGUCUUUAGAGUUAUCUAACCGAAAAUUGUUAAAAUCGCUAAAUGGAUGAAGUCACUGCUUUAUCCAUAGUUCUAUAAGUCCUGAGAGGUCUCUGCUCCUUACAUAGUAGGAAUAUAUGCCAUUUCGAUAUUAAACCAGAUAAUAUAAUCUAUAAUUAAAAUAAUGGAAAGAUUAAAAUAAUCGACUUUUCAUCUUCACGCAAAUCAUACCCAAACCAAAAACUACUUACAAAUAUUGGGACAUUAAACUAUAAAUCUCCAGAAUAUUUCGGAGGUUCUUAGAGAAACACAAAAUCAGAUAUCUGGAGUGUAGGUGUUAUCUUAUACUAACUUUUAACAGGCUUUCUUCCUUUUGAUGACUUGAGUGGUAAUCCUUGUUCUAUUACAGAAAAUAUCAAAAAUAUGAAAUUCUAAUAGCAAUAUAAAGAAGUUAUUUCACCAAAAAUGCUUGAAAUUUUAGAGUUAAUGCUAGUAUUUGAUCCAUCAAAAAGAUACUCAGCUAACUAAUUAUUACAAAAAAUACCAUAUUAAACUGAAUUAUAUUCCCUAAAACAACUUAAAUCUAAUAGAAAACCAGCAUAAUAAACCAAAAAUUCAACUUUUAAAUCUAACUAAAAUUUUGAAAAUAGCUUGUAAAGAAUAAGUACUACAUAGACUUUUUUGGAUAUAGUAAUGUCUCCUGAAUUAUGUUAAUCAAGAACCGACCGUUAUUUAAAGAUACACUCUUCUCAAAUAGAAGAUUUUAAAAACAUUUUAUCUAUAAACUUAGACAAUAUAGUUAUAUGA